AUGCCUCCGAAGGGAAGCAAGAAGACCCCUGUGGAUGUACCUGACGCCUCGGAUCCGCUGCUUCCUUCUGGUGAUCCUGCGUCUGGGACGUCAAAUGGGAAAGACACAGAACAACCUGCAAGUGGUUCAGGCCUGUCAGUUGCUGAGAAGGCUGCGAUGUCAUCGCUUAAACAGCAAGACGACGACUUCAUUGAUGAUGACUCGGACGACGAACUUGAGCUGGACAUCACGUGUGACUUACUGGCAAGGAUUCGCUACACUGCUAUUCUGCUUGUACCUUUUUUCCUGCAACCGGAGCUGGGUUCUGUCAUUCUGACGGUGCGAACGCUGCUGAAGAAGGUGUGGUCCUCUGCUCUCUCGCCUGGUGCUGCUGACGGGGCCAAGAUCCAGAUUCUGCAGCCGGCCUUUGUGGCUCGGACCAAGUACUGCCGUCUUCAGCUGUCUCUCCUGCGCGAAGACGACAUUGUCAUUGUUCGUCAGAAAGUUGUGGACUACCAGAGGCUGACUCGGCUCCUCCUCAUACCUGUCAUCCUUUACCAUAUUCUAACGUCUCGCUUUCAUGUCGCAGCUGCCUCUCUGCGCACCUCGCCGCUUGUCACACCGCUGCUCCAGGAUCCGGCCAUUGCCUUUGUCUCCACCGGCUGCAACCGCGAGGAAUGGAUCUGCACUCAGAUCGGCUGCGGGAAAGCAAAGGGGAAGUCUUUCAUGACGGCGGCGGAUCAUGUCGCUGCGGCCAACCAUCUGAUUCAACUGGAAAAGAUCGGUACCGCGACUCGCGUCACCAUGGACAAGGCGGUUCUGGCUCCGUUAAGGAAGGACUACGGGAUGUAG